UGUAAAUAAUAAUAAAAACAGAACAAUUCUAAUAUCAAUUCUAGUAUCAAUAAUUAUUAGCCUUUUAUUAGCAAUUAGUAUCAAUUAGCCUGCACGUAGCCUUUUAAUGGAUUUCAUUGGUAAUUCGAUUAAUGUUUAGGGAUUACUGCACGUUCAAAAAUGGAUGAUGAACUUGGGUUCUGACCGCUAUCGUUAUCACAUCCAUCAACUCAUUCAGAACCGUUUUCCCUUUCUUACUACCAAAUCCAUUGGCUCGGGUGAUGAUCGUCGAUUAACGGUGUCUUUCCGCGAGAGUCGUCAUCGUACAACAUCCUCUCAAUUAACUGCGGAUAUUUUUCCUGCUGUACAAAUGAUCGAAGAUAAUGAAAACGCAUGCAACAACGACCAGCCGAAGGCUGAAGUUCCGCGUAAAACAAUUCGGCCCGCCAUGCAGACGUACGUUCCACCGCCGCAGAGAAGUCGCCGAGAUAGCCCCAAAGUGGAUGGUACUAAACUUGACCACUCUCGAGAUUCGCAGUUGCACGCGUCGGCCAGACUGACUAAUUUUUCAACGGGAAAUCAUUCAUCCAAAACUCAAGCUCGUUCUGCAUCCACUACACCAGCCGAUAUGGCAACGCAGUACAAAAAAUACCCUACAGCAAAGGAGGAAUCGCACUGGAGGGAAAUUGAGCAGUACGAACCAAACUACGACGGUUCCGGUGAUUAUCCUCGCAACUUCCGUAAUCAUGCGCAAAAACCCUAUCAACACCCUGGAAGAGGGAAUGACCGUCGGAUGCAAAGCAGCAGAGGAGGAAGUAGGGAGUUCGCAAAGUCCCAAGACUCGAAUGGAUCGAACAGGACGAAUGCGCCGGCUGCCUCUCGCGGAAAUCCUGCAGAUUAUUUUAAAGUUCGUCGCCCGAAAAGCGCCGCCGGGUCGGUGGAUUCACAGUCGGUUGCGAUAGAAGUGAGGACAUCAUCGGGAACACUAUCAGUCGACAUUUCCGAAGCCAUCCCGGAUUCUGCUGUUAGUCCGACGUUCUUGGACUUCGGAGCAGACGAAAAGAGCGCGGAUUCGCCGUCAUCGCGUGCCGCUCAGGAUGAAACAUUACUGAAGCUGGAAGAAGCUGGGGAUCGCGCAAUUUCGAGUGCAAGUUCGAACGGUUCGAAGUGCACUGAAAGGAGAGAUGCGAAGCAGCAACUGCGAUUUGGCCCUUGGUCGACUGCACCUGUGAGGGAAUCAGCGAGUCCACUGAAUCUCGACUCAUUGCACGUGAAAACGGCUGAAGAAAACGACAAGGCAGUAAUGAGCGAAAGCAGAUGUGGAAGCAGAUCUUCGGAGGCGAAAGAUAUGCUCACUGUCGCGGCAGAGAAAAUACAGCAACAAAAUUCUCGGCGAAGAUUCGGGCCUCAACAAGUAGUCCAAUGUGAUACACACACGGCUUAUCCGAAACGUGAACAACAUGUGGAUAAUUCCAAAAUGGUAAGUGAUGAAAAGCGUGACGGUAAUACAUCUCGGCCGAGGUUCGGAUCGGAUUUAAAAUCUCCCGCUAAUUCGAAUAAUCGGCCUGACUUUUGCGAAGAUGAACGUGCGAAUUCCGAAACAGCACGCAGUGACGAGAAGCGAAGACCAAAUUCAUCUAGACCGAGAUUCGGAUCGGCGACUGCCUCUCAUUGUCAGGUUGAUCGGCAAAGUCUGUUUGAUAGCAACGAAAAAGCACAGAUAACCCCCGGGACUUCGAAUAGCGAAGAGAAGCGAGGAUCUAAUUCAUCCAGACCGAGGUUCGGAAAUCAGCAGCAGACUCCUCCGGUUGGUCAAAAUGCGCGUUCGGCUAAGGACCAUCAGCAACAGAUGAAUCCCGAAAUCCCACGAUGCGAUGAAAAGCAUGGAUUGAAUUCAUCAAGGGUCAGAUUCGGACCGUCGCAGCAGAAUUCACACGUUGCUAGUCAGGAAGAUCUGAACGAUUCUAAAAUAUCACCGCACGGUAAGGCACGGGGAUCCGUUAACUCGUCCAGGCCAAGGUUCGGGGGAUCGCAGUCCUCUCUUGUUGAUUCGUAUUCACGCGUCAGCGAUGAACGAAGCGCGCAUUCCCAGGUUGCACAUAACGGUGCGAAGCCAGAAUCGCAUUUGCCUGGACCUGUGUCCAAACCUGUGCAGUCGACUUCUCCCGGCAAUGCGCUAAAUACAUCUUCUAACAGUCUGCCCAAGAACACGAAAACCGAAACUUUGCAUAGCGAAGAGAAGCGUGGAUCAGGUUCGUCCAGACCGCGAUUUGGGCCGCAACCAACCAGUUCCGACAGUUCACAGGAUACACGGUUUGCUGAUGUACAGCAAAACGUGACUCCCGAAAUUUCGCGUAGUGACGAGAAGCGCGUAUCGGGGCCUUCUAGGCCGCGAUUUGGAUCGUCGCAGCCACCCAAUUCCCGGGAUUCACAGAUAAACAGUGCCGAUGAACUGCAAAACAUGACUCUGGAAACUUCGCGCAGCGCAGACGAUAAGAGUGGAUCCAGCUCAUCCAGACCGCGAUUUGGACAACAGCAGCCGACACCCUCCCCUAGUCGACCGACCACAGACUCAAAAUGUUCCGCUUAUUACGGAGAUGUCAAUGGACAACUUGACUCGUCUGUGGUAUCGUCAACUGGGAAAUCCGAAUCCGGCGAUUCCAACUUAACAAACCCUGGUACUUUUCUCUUGAGUGACAGCGUUGGUGAUCAAGAGGAAUACCGAGGAUUUCCGCUGUACCGCAUUCGUGAGGAACCACCUUCUCCUGAUUGGAAGCGUGCAACGCGCGAUCUGUCUCAGCCGUAUUCGGAAUCAGAUUUUAAGCAGGAGCUGCGUGAAAAGCGUAAUCUGGCUGAUCUCCGUGAACGCCUGGAACAGAAUGCUUCGAUGGAUCAUCGCGAUAACGGUGUGAAAAUCAUGAAACGUCCGCAACUUUCUGGCAGUCCAAAUAUCCGUAGUGCUCAGUAUCGACCUGAGCCGCGCGAUCCGCUUCCGCAGCUGGCUGAUGCUGUGCACAAGGAGCUGUUGAAGGCGUUCGGAGAAGUUUCGGUCACGCAGUCCAAGGGAAAUUACCAGGUUUUCUCACCGGACAGCGACGUCAGCGGUGCCGAAUUUAGUCAUGUUUUAGAAGUUUCCGAAAUUCCUACGGAAUUUUCCACGGCUGACCUGGACAAACAAAUGCGCCUGAUCACGGCGGAAUACUACGACUUGAAGUGGGUGGAUGAUAACCAUGCUCUGGCCAUUUUCUCCAGUGCAGCUUCAGCCGCCAAUGUUCUCAGAAUGCGAAAUACCGGUGCGAAGAUUGUGUUGAAAACUUUAGAGAACGCGGGCGAUCAGACACGGAGAAAGGCUAGAUUCUACCUAAAGUUGGACGAUGGAGAUGCGGGGCGCGAUCGACCGGAUAUCAACGUGGGAACGGCGCGCCGGAUGUUGGGCGGCGCACUCGGUGUGACAAUUCCCGUGUCGAGGAACGUGAGGCAGCAGGAAGUGGAGCAGCUAAAAGAGGCUCGCGAUCGAAAACAGAAAAGUAUCCAGAGAAGGGAGGAUAUUUGGGAAGGAAAUGUUUGAUAAUUUGUAGCGCAUUUCGGACAGUCUGUUGUGUUUUCAGAGAUGAUAGCUUGAUACUGGUCUUAGUGUUAGGUGGAAUCGGAUUUUAGAUUCUGUUCGGUUCUAUUGAGGUUAAAAUGUUAACAUAUUGUAUAACAUUAUCUCAUGUUGAAUGAUUUUCGUUGGCGCUUCCAGAUCUCUAGUACAGUACUAUCUCUUUGCUACCGGGAUUUUGUUUCCAAAGAUGGAUUAGUUUCGGUUCCUUUGUUUAUCAUUCUGUAGUAUACGAUUUUGAUAAAUAUUGCUCUUGUUUUGUACAUUUUUUGUUAUAUGUGCACAUUACAUAUCUUUGUGGAAACUAACACUGAAGAAUCUUGAAA